GCUGCAUUCGCUCUCGCUCUCGCUGAUUGGUUGAGCGCCGCGCUCGGGCGCGAUUUCCAACGCGGGAAAACACCGAGUGAGCUCGUCUAACUGUAACAACUCCUGGCAGUGAGAUCUCGGGAUGAGAACGGAAUCAAAGGCGCCGCGCCUGAUACAUGUAACAUUGGGAAUGACUGACUCUGUAAUACAGCGAACAGCGGCGGAACGUUAAAGGCGGGACACUUUUAUUUUUUUAACUGAACGGUUUUAAGUUGUAUUUUAACUGAACGUUAUUUGCGAUGGCUGACAGCAAACAUCAAGUGAUAUUUUGUAACGACUCGCCGAAAAGAGUUCUGGUGUCCGUGAUCAAGACGACUCCCAUCAAACCGAGAGCGGCGGACCCCCUGAUGCCCACAAGCCCCGGAUUCAGUGACUUUAUGGUGUAUCCGUGGCGCUGGGGCGAAAACGCGCACAAUGUGACUCUGAGCCCCUCACCGACCGGAAACAGCGGCUCUCCUGCCGAUUCAGAUGUCAACUCCUGCCCUGAACACCUCAAGGACAGCAUUCGGCGCGGACGCCCGCGGGCAGAUACUGUCCGAGAGCUGAUCAACGAGGGCGAGAACUCCAGCAGUCGCAUCCGCUGCAACAUCUGCAACCGCGUCUUUCCCCGCGAGAAAUCUCUUCAGGCGCACAAACGCACGCACACAGGUGAAAGACCUUACCUGUGCGAUUAUCCGGACUGCGGGAAAGCGUUCGUCCAGAGCGGACAGCUGAAGACCCAUCAGCGCCUCCACACCGGAGAAAAACCCUUCGUCUGUUUGGAGAAAGGUUGCAGUAGCCGAUUCACUCACGCUAACCGUCACUGUCCCAAACACCCGUACGCCCGGCUGAAGCGCGAGGAGCCCGCGGGGGGCCCCGGGAGAUCACAGGGGGCCGACGACAAGGCUGUGGCCGAAUGGCUGGCAAAAUACUGGCAGACGAGGGAGCAGCGGACGCCUGCGCAGAAUAAAGCUAAGACACUGAGUAACACUGCUAUAGAGGACCAGGAGCAGCAGGAUCCUCUGGACUUCCUCCUGUCUGACGAAGGAGAAGAAGAGGAGCAGGACGAAACGAAGAGCAGUGGCAGGCAUCUUCAAGAGCAGCGUGAGCGUCUUCACGGCGCACUAGCGCUCAUCGAGCUAGCUAACAAUCUCUCCGCAUGAGCGACUUCCCUCGCCUCCAGACCCUCCCGGCUCAUAUAAGCUACAAGCACCUUACUUUGCUUCCUGUUGUACCUUUAGGCUGCUAUGAUGGUAGUGAUAUCAUUAUAUGAAGAUUGUCUUCGUUUCUCAGCUUGUUGAGACGAGAGACAUCUCGUGUUUGUUUCGUCGUGCACUUUGUGGGAACAAGUGUUUGUUUCUUUGAUGUUUGUGAUUUUAGUAGGAUGUGUGUGUGUGUGUGUGUG